GCGCACGGAGCGGCUCGGAGCGGUCGUGGCCGUGCAGCCGACUGCGGUGGGCGGGCAGCGCCGGCUCCGCACUGCAGCACCUGUCCGGUGUUGUGUCACCGUGGCAGCCGUAGUGCGGCCCGCGGGCCGUGGUGAAGGGCUUACGGUGAUGGACGAUAAGGUCCCGCCAGCGGUUUGGGACCUUCCCAUGUCCUCAGGGUCGGGCUCUGAGGCAGAUGUGCUGAGGCUGGAGAGGCCCCUGUGGUGAGGUCGGCUGUGGCCGCGCUGGCAGCUCGGAGGCGCCCCGUCCCUGCGCCUAAGUGUGGACGUGGAAGUGGCCCUGCUCGGCGGGGUGAGGCUGCACCUUUCCCCGGCGAUGGCUCUGUCGGUUGGAUUGCGGAUGUCAUGUGCCCAUCCCUGCCGCGGAUGGUGCUGGCCGUGCUGGGGCUCCCUCGUUCCUGGACUUGGGGUUGGGCGGUGGCUUUUACAGUGCCUGUGCUCACAGCCCUGUUCUUUUUGUCCCAGCCUGACAGCUGUGAAACUGGGAUCCGUCUGUGGACAGACCUGGAUGUAGUGGCCAUGGAGCAACUUCAGGCAGCCCCAACCCAGCAGGAUCGACGUGUUGUACUGGCAGAGAUCCUGCCGGGUCCCCCUGUCCUUCUGGAUGCCUAUGAGGCUGCUGUGGAACUGGGCCAGGAGUUAGAGUUGUCCCUAGGGCCACUCUCGGCCCUGCUGGGCAUUGUGCGUUGUGCCAUCUCCAUGUGCACCCAGACACCCCUGCCUGAUGUGGAGGAAUGCUAUGCCUACUUCAGCGAGCUGCUGCUAUGCCAUGCUGUGCAUCAUCCUCCAGUCAGUGUGGCUGUAUUUGGGCUGACCCAGGUUGCCUGCAUCGCAGCCCAUCUCUUUGGAACUGUCCUUCGGCACGCCAAGCUUUAUGCCUACGUCUUUACGCCUCAGGCUUGCCUUGACUUGACCCUGGUUUAUGUGGAUAGUCCUGAGCAUGGCCCAGAGGGAGAGAUGCCUACCACCCUCCCAGAGGAGCAAGGAGAGACCACUGAGAAUCCCAGCACAGAGCCUCUGUUACAGGAGGCAGCAGUACCUGAGGUAGUGCAGGUUCCUGCAGAGAUGCAUUUGAGUAUAAAGGAUGUCUCUGUGUCUCCCCGGGCCUCUCCCAGGGGCAAGAAACACCUUAGAAGACUUCAGGGAUCCCGCCAAAGAAAUAAAAGGCCUUAGACUGCG